AUGUCUAUCGUCUAUGCGCUGGUCGUUCUUCUCAAUGCCUUCCUCGUGUUCGCAUCGAGCGUCCCUCCAAGACCUCUGACACGAAUCGCCCAUCCGACGACGCUCGCCCUCGAGAUCCUUCCUCGCCAUAACACGCUCAAGCCACGUUCAUCCGACUCACCUUUUCUAACCAGUACAACGCUUUAUCAUUCUGAUUCCUUCCGCCUCACCCUAUCCGCAUUUGGCGAGACAUUUCACCUCCACUUACGUCCGAACGAUGAUCUUAUUCACCCCGCGGCACGGAUAAACUACUUCAACAAGGAUGGUGUUCUAGAACGCACUGUACCACUUGUGCGCGAGAGUGUACGUGCGUAUUGGGGAGAAGUUGUGGCAGCUUCGCGCUCGCAACAGCGGUUGCGUGAGGAUGCAGCACGGAUGCUCCCACGACCUGACCUGGGCUGGGCACGGAUUCUGGUGCACAGCCAGGGAGAUGCGGAUCGUGGCAUUCCUCCUGUUUUUGAGGGAGCAUUCUCUGUCGAUGGCGUCACGCAUAAUAUUCAAACGCGUGAAAAUUAUUUGCGUAAACGGCAUGAAUUCGAUCCGGCGUUGGUAGAUGGAGCCGAUUCGGAUGCGCAACUUGUAAUAUGGAGGGAUUCGGACGUACUGCGGGACGAGGGGGAGGAGCAGUCUCUUGGUUGCUUACAUGAUGAUCCAUGGCGGAGCCCCUUAACGCACAUACCGUGGGACGACGAUUGGACGAACGUCUCACUUGCGAGGAGAGAUGAUGUACAGGGUAGCGGAUCGUCCAAUAACUUCGAAAGCAACAUUGGUCAAUCGACCGGUUGUCCAUCGACACAAAAGAUCCUCUAUAUGGGUGUUGCGGCGGACUGUAGUUAUGUUGCCGCACAUGGAUCAGGUCAAAAUGCAUCUGCGCAGAUCAUCAAUAACUGGAACACCGCGAGCUCGUUGUAUAAAUCGACUUUCAAUGUCAGUUUGGGUAUCUUACAUAUUAACGUGCAGGACCCGGAGUGUCCAUCUUCGGCGCCUGCUGAUACGCCCUGGAAUGUCGGCUGCGAUGCCUCGAACGUAACACUGAACGACCGGUUAUCUCUCUUUUCGGGGUGGCGCGGUCAACAGGGGAACGAUGGUGCCGGGCUUUGGCAUCUGAUGAGUGGAUGUCCUACGGGUUCUGAGGUCGGUGUUGCGUGGCUUGGGACGCUUUGCCAGCAGAGCACAACAGGUGACCCGGGUUCAUUUGUUAGCGGGACUGCCGUUUCGACAAACGGACGAACAGAAUGGGAAGUCGUCUCGCACGAAAUCGGCCAUAACUUCGGUGCGAUCCACGAUUGUCAAAGUACUUGCGAGUCGGGCGGUGUAAUCUGUUGUCCGCUUUCCUCAAGCACUUGCAAUGCAAACGACCAGUACAUCAUGAGUCCGGUUACUUCGUCCUCGCAGAAGAUGUUCUCCCAAUGUAGUCUGGGCAACAUCUGUUCUGUCAUGCAGUCAACGUCUUCGAACUCUAUCAACGCAACUUGUUUACAAGACCCGAGCUCGGCAAUAAAGACUCUUUCGCUGAACAUGUGCGGGAACGGUAUCGUUGAAGAGGGUGAGGAUUGUGAUCCAGGACAAAACGUAACUUCAUCGUGCUGUGACUCUACGACGUGCAAGUUUAAGAACGGCGCGCAGUGCGAUCCUGCGAGUAGUCCGUGCUGUACGGGCACAUGUACGUUCUCGCCUUCGAGUCAGGUAUGUCGGCCUGCGGUAGAUGCGAGUUGUGAUAUUGCGGAGAUGUGUACGGGUACGUCGGCGGAUUGUCCUGUGGAUGUGUUCCAGCCGAAUGGACAGAGUUGUGGGGGUAAUGGACUUGCUUGUGCGAAUGGGCAGUGUACGAGUCUUAGUCAACAAUGCCAGACUAUCGGCGCUUCGAUGAAUUUGACGACUGCUUGUCAGAAACAGGAUAAUUCGUGUCGGGUUUCGUGCGAGGAUCCGAAUAAUCCGUCUCAGUGUAUACAACUUCAGUCUCAGGUCAUAGAUGGGUCACCAUGCGGCUACGGUGGUACUUGUCAGUCAGGUGCAUGUCAAGCUGGAAGCGCGUUGGAUACUGUGAAGGCAUGGUAUGUGCAGAACUUGCAGAUAUCUAUCCCCGUGACGGUCGUAGCAGCCAUCGUGGUUCUCCUUAUGCUUUGGGCGCUCUUCAUUUGCUGCAGACGAGCCUUCGCAAAGAAAGCACCCAAGUCAAUGGAGCCAGCACUCUCUGGUCGACGAGGUGCACGUCUAAACAGCUGGGAAGCUCCUCCGCCUGGAGUCCAAGCCCGGUCAGGCGCAUCAGGCGCAUUCCCGCCUGUACUUCCUACUAUGCCGUUUGCUUCGAGACCUCCUGCGCAGCAGCAAAUGGCCAAUGUAGUUCCUAGUGGUGUUAGUAAUGGGAAUCAUCGACGAGCGUCGGCGAGUGUGUCGAUACCUACGUCUCUCCGACCUGGUGGAGAGACGACGACGAUGGGUAACCUUCCACCCUCCGCAUAUAACAACAAUAGAAGGCAAAGUCAGAGUCAGAGUUGGGACGCAGGGAGGCCUUCUUCAAGGCGAAGUAGCGGCGGGAGUGGAGGAGGGAAUGGAGGUGGGAGUAGUAGACCUGGAUCAGGAUCGGGACAAGGGCCGAGAGCGAGGGAGCCUGCGUUCCCUAGUUUGAGCGCUGUACAGGCUAGGACGAGGACUAGUGAUAGGACUGAUAGGUCGAAUUGGGUGGAUCCUGCGAAGUGGAAUGGGUCGUUUGCUGGUGCUCCUUAG